CUCGUAGCCAUGGCGACUCAGGCGGCGUUGAUUGCCGAUACGAUUAUCGGUAUGAAGAGAGCAUUGCGCAGGGAGCGUGAUGACUCUGGACCCGAUGAUCCUAUCAUGCAGCCCACGAACCGUGGGAAUAAAUUGAAAGCAAACGCGAAAUAUGUUCGUGAGGGAGCAAUGGGCUACAUCAAUGCAGAGGAGUUUUACAGAGAGAAGGUCGAACAUGCAGGCUACACACGCCAUAUUCUACAGCGCAAUCCUAUACGCUAUGAUUCAGAGGGUGAUGAACUCGACGAGGAGGAUGAAGAUUCUGAGGCAGAUACCGCGGCGGCCGAAGAGAACCCGUUUUCGGGGAUUGCACUAGAAACGCUUUUAUGUCCCUUGAAACACCCCUCCGAGCUCCCCACCCACCCCUCGCUGUCCCAAGCGUACACUUCGCAGGCCUUAGAACAGAUGGCAGGAGCGGUUGAAGAGAAAUUGCGCCAAGAGAAGGCUCUACUAUGGCGCGCCAGGAAUCUUCAUCGUCAGUUCCUGGGUGACGCGGGAUGGAUGCCCUGCGGCGCUGUGGAAGCGCCCGAGGACCGUUACAUCUUUGAGGCUAGAGCUGAAGACGAAGACCCCCACGGAUCUACGGGACAACAAAAAUCAAGUAGACUUGCAACUUCAUCAGCCAAUGGAGAUGUCAACGGAGGCCCCGAGAUCCCGUCUACGGUAUCCAGAGAAGCACAGCCCACCCAGAAUGGGACGGGGAGCGAGCCCCAGACCGCAGAAAACGAUGUGGAGAUGGCCGAAACUCCAGCUGGCUCUGGGGAACCAACAGCAAACAUUGAAACAAAAGAACCCAAUAAAGCGCUCAAAUCAGAAGAGGCUGAUGCUACGGUGAACGACCUUCCACCCCACCCCAAGGGUGCAGACGAGCUCCAGGGAAAUGGAAACAAUCUCGGCCAAGGCGGAUAUAGUGCCAAUGACGAACCAGACGAAAUGGACACCUCUAAAGAUGGAGAGAAGAUCGAUGCUAAGGGAGCAAAUGCGAACCUGAACGAAACCCAUGAUGAAACCGAGCCAGAUGCUGAGAUGCACGACGGCUCAUCACCCGAGCCACCCCGACGUAUGACGACCCGGGCUCGGGCCAAUGCAGCGAACCCUCAAGAUGAAAACCAAUCUCCAUCCUCGGAGACCGCUAGCGCCUUUCUCACCCCGCAUCCACUUUUUCUUAUUCCAGACAACGUUCGCCCGGAUGCGAACUUUGGCCUCCCUGCCACCGAGGCAGAGGAAACUCGUCGUCUUCUCUGGUCCUACAUCCAAAAACAGGAAGAGACGGUGCGGGGGUUCGAGAAUAUGCUCAACUCCUUGUUCCGCGCGUGCCACAUGAAGGCCGAUGUGCUUGAAUGGUGCAAGGCGGAGGGCCACGUGGGUGAGAUGAGCGAUGGCGAGGAUUGGUAUGAUCGUGAGAAAUGGGGUCUGGCCGAAGGUGAAGAUCUCAAAAAAGGAACCGACGAGGACGAAGUGGAAACGGUGGAUGACAGUCGAACGACGGCCAAACGAGGUCGCGGACGACGGGCAUAA